AUGGCGCUGAAAACAGCCCCGGCAGAUGCUUCCCUUGUGGACUCUGUCAAGGAAGCCGUCAAAUCGGCUGCAUCGUGUACACCAUCCACCGUGUCGUCUCUGCAAUCGCUGCUACGAUGCGCAAAGCCCGUUGUCGAAAAGGGACGUCCAAAUAACAAAACAACAAAAUCAUCCAACGUCACUACAGCAUCUGCGACCAACACCGUCACCCGCACGAAAUCGACUCGCCAGAUUGCCGCCAAAGUGGCUGUUUAUCAGUCUUCCGACGACGUUAAAAACGACGAUGAGCUAUCGGUGCAAGAGAGGCUGGUCCUAGCCACAGAGGUAUUUAACGCAGCUUCGAAAGCGUUGUCAGAUGCAUUGGCUUCACAAAAGUCUCCUUUAAAACCGGCAUCACCAAACCAGAUCGUUUCUACCCCCACGAAAUCGAAAACAAAUAAGACCGCCACGGAUUCUUCUGCUGAAGGCGUGGUGUCGGUUUCCGAAUGUGCUAGUCUCGCUCUCGCCAAUCUUCGCACCCUCAAGAACGAUAAGACUGGGGCCAACGGUUAUCCGAAUAUACAGCUUGAACAAGGCGCUUGUGUUGUUGCUGGAAGAUUGAUCGCGCUUGGCCUGAAUAAGCUUGCUUAUAGAGAACUGAAAGGUCUGAAAAAGCGCUUACAAGACUUUCUUCAAUCGAAGCCGACCAAUAGUGCAAAGAAGGCAACUUCCCGUUCUGUCGGCGACGCCCAACGAGAAGCACUUGGGACAGAACAAUCGGCUGAAUUAUUAGUGUUUCAAAACAUUGGAAAUGCAGGCCCGGUCCUGAAUGUUCUGGUUCCAUUUCAGUCGACUGUGCUCAAACUUGUCCUUUCAGAGGCAAAAACAUCGACUGUGGAACAAACAUGUAGUGUUCUUGCAUUGUCAAACUCGAGCAGUCCGGCUAAUAUCAUUUUACGAUCCUUGGAAACUGGAAAUCUCAAAGAAGAAAAAGCUGCUUUACAGUUGCUUUCUCUCUCCAACAGUAUCUCAUCCUUGUCGUCUCUGAUGCAAAAAUCAAACGGCACAAACACUAGCUCAGCGAAACGCAACACCCAAUCGCUUUUAACUCUCACUCUACAACUAUCGUCUAUGGAAGUCCGUCUGAUAGCCUGGGAGUUAUCCGGUCACAAUAUCGAACAAAAGCGUGAAUUUUGGGACCCCGUGCUCCGUUCUCUGGAAGCAUUCUCCAAGAGCGGGUUGAAAAUCCAAAGAUCGGAUUUUGUCACCAUAUACACAACUGUGCAACGCCUCAAGUCUAAGAUGAAAAAAGAUAAGGUUGAAAAAGGAGCGACACCAUGGAAAAUUAACCUGGCGCUAGGACGAAUCGCCCAGGACGCUUCUUGCUUAGAGGAUGCCUUGAAGCUUUUUUCCAACGCCAUUGACUCAGCGGCGGUAGAGCAGCCCCUGGCAAUCAACGUGAUUCAAUGCAGAGUUGCAUUUAUACAUCUAUGCCUCUGUCGAAAUAUGCAAGGUUACUCACUGGAUGUGGUAUCGAAAUCUCUUUCGGCUGCGGCGGCAGGAUUGAAAUCCUCCAACAAAGGAAGUGCUCAUGACCUCGAGGAGCUUGUCGUCGAAUCAGCAAAACUGAAGAAGCUGGCCAUGGCAAAUGUGGGAGAGUUUAUUUCGUCUAAUUCGAAAAGCAACGACGAUGUCAUCGGUUCCACCGUGGAUUUUCUACACGCAUUUAUCCGCUUUCUCAGACGAUACAUCGGCCGACAAGCCCCAGACGAAGAUGGAGAUAAAUCUCAAUUACAGGCUAUGCUAUGCAGGAUGAAAACCAUCAUACUUGCUGCCGUGGACUCCGCAGUUGCAUUAGGAAAGACGUCGGUUUUACGGCAAGUGCCACAUUGGGAGUAUCUGCAGCCAAUUCUUUCUGACUCUCGCCGGUUACUGAACAAUCUUGAGAAUAUCGACGACGACAGUCCAGAUGAUGAGGCUAGCUGGAGCACUGCGAUUGUCAAACUGUCUAAUGUUUAUUGGUCUCGGUACCUUAAAGAAAAGGAAGCAGGUCAGGGUUAUAAAGAGCUUAUUCCGUUGCUCGAUCAAUCAGCCAGUUUGUUGCAGACUUGCCCACCAGCUCAGAGAGCUGCAGGUUUUGCUGCGUUGAAAUUUGAACGACUUGGGCAUCUGUACUUGGAGGCAAGAAUGGGUGCGAAAUCCAUGGCAUGUUUGGAGAGAUCAACGCAAGAGCAUAUUGACUCUGGAGUACUUCAACAACACAUGGAAUACCUCACAGGGAAACCGCCACUAAAUCCUCACGAUUCUCAAAGUCCCGGUUUCAUUCUUGGCCGCGUUCUUUCUUCAUACCUUAAAGUGCAAGUACGACGACCUGAAAAUGACGAGAAAUGUGUUUUUGACAAUAAAGCCUUGUCUCCUGAAGAACGAGGAACCCUGUUUGAAUGGCAAAUGGCCAUUCUUGCAGAAACUCACAGCCACGAGGCUGACACCACACCUUUUCGUGAGAUAUUCCAGACGCUUGUCUCUGAGACUCUCUGCCUUUAUUCCGCGGAGCACUAUCCAGUUCGUCGUUUACGUGUAAUCCGAUUUGUUCUGCGCUUUAUCCUGGAUCAUCCAAACUCAGUUGAAAACGUAGUGACCGAGUCUUUGAUCCGAGACGCUGAACUUAACAUGUACAGCCACUCAACACUCGAAGAAGACGCAGAGCUGGAGCCCUUUCUACCGCACAUCCAGAACUCUCUUACCCUUGCCGUUUCAUUCCAUAAAGGGGAACCUGAGCUAGACGAAUUGCGAGAUAUUGUCGCAUCUUGGGCAUCGACUAUGCGAAAAUGCAGGAAUCCAGAAUCAUUCGGUUCCGCUGUUGAUGACUGCGAUCAUUGGAUUGCUCAAGUCAAGGCCCUUUCCGAUUACUUAGAUGCUCGCGGUUAUUGGAAGCUCUACUUGGCAACAUCGGAAAUCAUUCUUCAUGUUCUUGAACUCCAACCGAUCCUCGAUGAAUCAUCCAUUUUGAUGACAUUGUCUCAUUGCGCAUUGCAGUAUUGUCGUCGCGGAGAUUGCAAAACCUCUAUCGAAUUACUUGACCGCGCCCAGCAAUACAUUGACAGUCACAGAGUCUCGAUAUAUGCCUCGGUAUCUUACCAUCUCGCGCGCAGUGAAUAUUACUUGGAAAUCGGCGAUGCAGAUAGCUCUGAACAGGCCUUAGCUUCCGCUCAACAACUCUACCAAUCCAGAGGGAGUGAAACUGACCCGAGUGGAAGUCGUAGUCAAUCAAAGAUUGGAUGGGAACGGCUUGUUGUUGACGGGACGCUGCUAUUUUCCCGUAUUGCUUACCACCGACAAAAUUUGGAAACGGCAUUGUAUUAUGCCAAAUUAUCAGUCCGACUAAGCAUGCGUCUGUGGGCCAAAUUGGAACGCCUAUCUGACAGAAAAAGAGAAUCAGAUCAACUUGCAACCAAAGAGACGUCUGAAAUGGACCUCGUCAUCGAUAGAGUGGCAAACCUGGAUAUUGGCACUGUAACUACACCUUCCUACAACUUUGUAGAAGGAGCUGUUUACUGGAGCCAUGUCGCGUCUCACAAUGCUUGCUUUCUAAACCUCAUGCGUCUUUCUGCCCACAACGGACUGUUUCAAGACGCCAUAUACUAUGGCGAACAAGCCUUGAAGGUCAACAAAGCUCUCGGAGCUUCAUUUCGCCUGAUUACUUGUCAAGCCGAAUUGGGGCUCGAGUGGAUCCGGGGCAAUCAUUUAUCAGAAGCCAAGGAGGUUCUCCAAGCUGCGAUGGAACUGUCAGAAAACCUGGUUAACAGUAUAGAGAUGGUUAAACUAAAGAUCAGUUUAGCCGCCCUAAGCAGAGGUGAGGGGGAGCACGAUAAAGCUUUGCGCCUGUUGCAAGACGCCAGCACUUUGCUUGAUCGAGUCUCUGAAGUCAAGUUGGACUCGUCGUUAUUAAUCAAGCCACUCACCACCAGCCUGGAGGGCAAAAUGGCUAAUCUUAAGAUUCGCCAAGCUUCUGUGCAGAAAGAAAGUGAACUACUCAAAACUCGUCGUUCUCAAAGAACCAAGACACCCUCGAAGUCGGCGCUCAAAGAGGAACUAGACACCGUCGCUUCCAAAACAUCUGUCUACUCGCAAUCUAUUAUUAACUUGAAGAACGAGAUUGUUAGACAACAAAUUCACAAUCUAUUGGCCAUCCAGGACCUAGACGAAGCGUCACGGUUGUUGGAGGCUGCUCGAGCAAGCCCUUUUCCCACGGCGAGUCAAAUCUCAAUUCAAAUUGAAGAGGUAGAGCAUAUAGUUGCCGAUGCGAUGAAAAAUAUCGCAACUCAUGCUGUAUAUUGUGUCCUUCCAGAGUCCACCCUAUCUGUUCCCUCAAUCGAAGCGGUUAUUGAGGCCAUGAAGUCACCAGCUACAAAACAAACCGCACCAGUCAAGAGGUCCAAAUCAACAGCCAAGCAACCACGUGGUCGAAAUACCAAAACUGUCAAUGAAGAAGCCGACAUCGCAAAAAUCAUGAGUCACGCCAAGAUUGCUAUAAGCGAAACUGUCAAGAGCGCUGUAGCUUCCGGAUCAACAAUUGAGGGUCACGCUGCAUCAUGUCUUAUGGGUCGUAUUUCUAUGCUUCUACAUGCAACAACGCCAGGUCUUGUGGACAAAGAUAUUCUUACGCCAGUAAACGCAAAUGAACUUGGACGAAUUACUGCUUUUGAUCGCGAACGACUUGCUAUCGGUAUAGAUAAAAAGCUAUCCGCCUUUAUAGAUACGACGAGCUGGCCGUCAUUCACGUCUGAUGUCUUUGAAGGGAGGUCAGAUAUUAUUACGAAUUUUUCACGAGACUAUGUUGAUAUUCUACCUAACGACUGGAAUGUAUUGUCUGUUUCACUCAAUUCUGAUCGCACGGAGUUCGUCAUCUCAAGAAUGCGACAAGGCGAUACACCGUUCCUUUUACGGUUACCGCUUAAAAGAGGUGACGAAGGGGAUGCAGAUGAAGACGAUUUCACCUUCGACUGGGGCAAGAACGAAAUGAAAGAGAUUAUCAAACUUGCCAAUGCCAGCGCCCAUGACGCCAAAACUCGGGUAGACAGACAGUCUAAGAAGGACUGGUGGACUACACGUGAAACCCUUGAUCGGCGACUUGAAACUCUCCUGGAGAACAUGGAAAACAUAUGGCUUGGAGGCUUCCGCGGUAUAUUCGACCCCACCCCUCGAGACUCCUCGAGACUAUCGCGAUUUGCCAGGUCGUUUGAGGCAGUCUUGGACAAGCAUCUACCCUCGAGACGAAAGCAUGGGAACAAGAAAGAGAAAAUUAAGGUCCACGAGAACGUGCUUGGGCUUUUUGUUGGCCUCAAGGAUCUCGACGAACAAGAGAAUCCGGAAGAUUCUCUUACCGACUUGCUCUAUUUUGUUGUCGAUAUUCUUCAAUUCCAAGGAGAACGCAAUGCUUAUGAUGAAAUUGAUUUUGACAUGAUGGUCAUUGACACACUUGAUGCGUUGAAUGCGUACAAAAGCAGCACGCCGCAAACCAUCGAGCCUCCGAACCAUACGAUACUAGUUCUCGAUAAAUCACUACAUUCGUUCCCUUGGGAGUCACUGCCAUGCUUGCAGGGGCUUCCUAUAUCUCGCAUGCCUUCUCUGGAAUGUCUUCGCCAAAGAAUUGCUCAAUUCAGGACGACUAUGGAAGAACCAAGCGAAGAAUUCUACGUCAAUCGCAACAGUGGUUCCUCUAUCCUAAACCCAAGUGGGGACCUGAAGACUACACAGAACACAUUCGACAAGGAGCUGUCGAAGUUGAGUGGCUGGUCCUCUAUCACCGAACGCGCUCCAAGUGAGCAGGAGUUUAAGUCGGCGCUAAAAGACAAAGAUAUCUUCUUAUAUUUUGGCCAUGGCAGUGGUGCCCAAUACAUUCGGGGUCGCACGAUUAAACGGCUCGACAAGUGUGCGGUGACCUUCCUCAUGGGUUGCAGCAGUGGAUGUUUGACGGAAACCGGAGAACUGGAGCCAUAUGGCACACCGAUGAACUAUAUGCAAGCUGGAUCCCCAGCUCUCGUGGCCACUCUGUGGGAUGUUACUGACAAAGACAUCGACCGAUUUGCCAACUGCACCUUGGAGAAAUGGGGGUUGCUCGAGCGAGAUGCGAGCGAGCCCAAGGAGGAAGAAACGCGAAAAGAUGCUCGAUCGAAGAAGAGCUCUAAAGGAAAGGAGGUAGCUCGGGCUCAGCCUACCUCGGAAUCUCAUGCACUGGACGAGGCAAUUGCCACAUCUCGAGAUUCUUGUUUAUUGAAGUAUUUGAAUGGAGCGGCGCCUGUGAUUUAUGUUCUACUAGAAGCCAUGGCGGUCACAACCAAAGCCUCAAUUGCCUCCUUUGGCGGCAAACUGCUCAAACUCAGUCACAAUGCGACAACCACCAAGUGCGAGAUGAACUUCAACCUGUAUCUGCCUCCGCAGGCGAUUGCGCAGCCCGACAAGAAAGUGCCGUUGCUCAUAUAUCUUUCUGGUCUGACCUGCACGGCGGACAAUUGCUCGGAAAAGGGAUUUUUUCAGCAUGGAGCGAGUAAACAUGGGAUUGCAGUUUUGUACCCUGACACGAGUCCCCGAGGGUUGAAAAUCCAAGGAGAAGACGACGCGUACGAUUUUGGGACUGGCGCUGGUUUCUACGUUGACGCCACAAAGGCGCCUUAUGACCAGGGCUACAAUAUGUACAGCUACGUCACAGAGGAACUUCCGCAGACUGUUUUUGAAGCAUUCAAGGAAAUCGACUCCUCGCGCGUUAGUAUUACUGGGCAUAGUAUGGGUGGGCAUGGCGCCCUUACUCUUGUAAGUUUCCUCAUUACAUGCAAACUAGGUUUCAACGAAUAUGUGGAAAAUAACAUUCUGGCCAAGUUCCUCCGAAACCCCGGCAAAUACAAGUCGGUCAGUGCGUUUGCUCCAAUCACAAACCCAAGCAACUGUCCUUGGGGACAAAAGGCAUUCAAUGGGUACUUUGGCGAGGACAACCAAGAGAAAUGGAAAGAACACGACGCUUCCGAGCUUGUCAAGAAAUGGAAGGGACCUUUGAACGUUCUCAUCGACGUCGGCACGGCAGACAACUUCUACAAACAGGGCCAACUACUCCCCGAAACCUUUGAAAAAGCAGCGCAAGAAGCCGGGGUAACCGGGUUGAACGUGCGGUAUCAACCAGAUUACGAUCAUAGUUAUUUUUUCAUGGCGACUUUUUCGGAUGACCACGUGGAGCAUGCGGCCAAGUAUUUGUUUGCAUAG